CAUGGAUACUGUCCCAUACAACAUGAAUUUGCCUCUUGGAGUAUAUGACAAGAUGCUAAUUACUGUCCAGGGGGAGCCCAAGCCUGAUGCCAAUAGGUUUUCAAUCAAUCUGUUCAGAAAUGAAGACAUUGCCUUUCACUUUAACCCUCGCUUUGAUGAAGAUGUGGUUGUUAGAAACAGCAUGGUAAACAGUGAGUGGGAUGUAGAGGAAAGAGCAGCUCCCUCAUUCCCUUUCAUUCGAGGACAGCCAUUUGAGGUGAAGAUCUUGUGUACUCCAGAUGAUUAUAAAGUGGCUGUGAACAAUGAAAACCUGUUUGAGUACAAACAUCGAGUUUUUGAGCUCAACGAGAUUAACUCUCUCACUAUCAAUGAUGAUGUUAUUCUUACAUCUGUAAAUGUAGAGACCCUCCCCAUAAUUGCAUAUAUAUUAUUAAUUUCUCAGCUAUCAGAUGCUCUUGAGAGUGCAGCUGCACCAAGCGAUCAAAGCAAUCUGCAGGCUGGAGGGCCAGCAUGGCCUGGACAGCCUCAAAACCCUACUUGGCCUGGGCAGCCAAGUGGGCAACCAUUCCAAACUUGGCCCGGGCAACAGCCAGGUAUGCCAUCCUGGCCUAAUCAGCCAAACCAACCAGCAUGGCCUGCACAACCUAGCCAACCCUUUAACCCAGGAUGGCCUGGACAAGCCCCACAAAAUGUGGCACUGACUGUCCCAUACAAAAUGCCUUUGCCUCUUGGAGUAUAUGACAAGAUGCUAAUUACUGUCCAGGGGAACCCCAAGCCUGAUGCCAAAAGGUUUUCAAUCAAUCUGCACAGAAAUGAAGAUAUUGCCUUACACUUUAACCCUCGCUUUGAUGAAAAUGGGAUUAAAGUGCUUGUUAGAAACAGCAUGGUAAACAACGUGUGGGGGGCAGAAGAAAGAACAGCUCCCUCAUUCCCUUUCAUUCGAGGACAGCCAUUUGAGGUGAAGAUCUUGUGUACUCCAAAUGAUUAUAAAGUGGCUGUGAACAAGACACACCUGCUUGAGUACAAACAUCGAGUAUUUGAACUCAAACAGAUUAACUAUCUCACUGUCCUUGAUGAUGUCACUCUUACAUCUGUAAAUGUAGAGACCCUCCCCUGAGAGGGAAUUUUGAAUAUUAUGAUGCCCAUGUAGGAAUUGUAAGCUAACUAUAAAUCCCAAGAGUCUCUGGGCAUUUUUAUAUGACUGCCUGUGUUUGUAUUUGGUUAAAAACACUCUUGUAUGACUGUAAUUCUGUGAUUACAUAAGGAACCAUUUAGUUCUUUGCCAAACUUUCCCACUGACAGUUUCUGUUAAUCAACUUUGGAAAUGUUGCACAUUUUAAUGGUCUAGAUAACACCAAAGAGUCAGUCAGACAUUAUAUAUUUGAUUUCUGAACUGAUAGAAGUAAUUCUUUAGAAUUAUAAAAUGAUUACUCUUUUUUUAUAUAACUUCAAUUUGAGGCCAGAGUAUGAUUAGCCAGUGUGUGUUAGCCAGUAAAUCGUUACUGAUAUCAGGUGCCAUGUUGUAGUCAUGGGAAAUUUUAUAGGAUUUUUUUUAUAUAGAUGUAUACGUUUGACAAUAACCAGACACAAGCUAUCAUUAUCCAGCCUAGUCUUGGGAUUUAUUAAUGACACAUAUGUUGUUAUCCAUGUAUGGAAAGGAACUUCAAACCUAUUAAAAAUUCUAGGAAUUUU